UAGCACUAAAACAUUCCCACUUUACAAAAUUCCUUCUUUUGCAUUUCCAUGUUUAUCAUUUUCGCUACUAUGUGAUUCUUUGAUCUUUCUUUUUCAUAAAAAAGUAAAAAAAAGUAGUAUAUUUCUUGAAGCAGUGCUGCCAGUCUGCCACCAAACCUGUCUUUGAAUCCAAGUUUACUAAACUGGGGUUUGCUUCAAUCUUUAUAGCUUCACCUACUAAGAUUUUUCUACCGAUUUCCUUUCCGGAUUCGCCAAACGAUUCAGAGAUUUGAAACCCUUUGAGUCUGCUUACUUGAAAAAGAUUCUUCAUCGACCGCUGUUCUCCAAAAUCUUGAUUUUCUCUUUCCAUCUUGUUCCCGAAUCUUCUUAUUUCAUGGGUUUUCAUGUAAUUUCUUGGACACUCCUGCUUUGACGAGUUCAUAGUGUUCUAGAGAGAGAAAGUUGCAAGUGAUAGAGAGAUUAAGAUGAAACGAUCGAUUCCAUUAAAACUUUUUUUGAUUACUUUCGGACUGUUUCUAGCUACUACCGAUGCUGGUCAACCAAUUGAAGUUCAUGCUCUCGCAAUGUUUAAAGAAGCCAUAUUUGAUGACCCAUUAUUGGUUUUAUCAAGCUGGAAUGUUCUAGAUUCAGAUCCUUGUAACUGGGUUGGUGUUUCUUGUUCCGGAAAUCAAGUCACAAAGUUGAACAUUUCUGGCUCAUCUAUAAAGGGGUUUAUUGCUCGGGAACUUUUUCAGCUUUCAGCCUUACAAGAACUGAUUUUACAUGGCAACAAGCUCAUUGGUUCAAUACCCAAAGAAAUUGGAUCCCUAAAGAACCUGAAAAUUUUGGAUUUGGGGAUGAACCAGAUAUCUGGACCGAUUCCUCAUGAGAUUGGGAAUUUGGUUAACAUUGUAAAAAUAAACCUGCAGUCAAAUGGGUUGACUGGUCAACUGCCUUCAGAGCUUGGGAAUCUUAAGUACCUUCAAGAACUUCGGUUGGACAGAAAUAAGUUGAGAGGAUCUGUUCCAGGUGGCAAUUCUUCAAGCAUUGUUUCAAACACCCAAGGAAUGUUUGCUUCAAAUGUGACAAGAUUAGGUUUUUGUCGUUCGAAUUCCUUAAAAGUUGCAGAUUUCUCGUACAAUUUUCUUAUUGGGAGCAUACCUAAGUGCUUGGGGUAUCUUCCUAGGACAAGCUUUCAAGGGAAUUGCCUACCCAUUAAAGAUAUCAAGCAACGAACUUCUGAACAAUGUGGUUCUCCUCCUCAAGCUCAAACUCGUAAUACUGGAGAGAUGAAGCGCCAUCCUACUACAGAUGAAAGCAACCAACAAACUUCUGCUUCAAAACCAGUGUGGCUUCUAGCUCUAGAAGUAUCAACUGGAGUAACCGUUGGUUUGCUCUUUCUUGUUGCUAUUUUUACAACUAUUCAUAGAUGCAAAAACAAACCUUCGAUUAUCAUCCCUUGGAAGAAAUCAAGAAGUGAUAGAGACCAUAUGGCAAUGUAUACAGAUCCGAAUGUGUUGAAAGAUGUGAUGAGAUACAAUCGACAUGAACUUGAAGUAGCAUGUGAAGAUUUUAGCAACAUUAUCGGUUCCUCAUCAGAUAGUUUGGUUUACAAAGGGACCAUGAAAGGUGGGCCCGAAAUUGCAGUGAUAUCACUUUGCAUCAAAGAAGAGCAUUGGACUGGCUAUCUUGAGCUCUAUUAUCAGAAAGAGGUAGCAGAUUUAGCAAGACUAAAUCAUGAGAACACAGGGAAACUGCUGGGCUAUUGUAUAGAAAGCACUCCAUUUACAAGAAUGUUAGUCUUUGAAUAUGCAUCAAAUGGGACGUUAUAUGAGCACCUCCAUUAUGAAGAAGGAUGCCAACUAAGCUGGACUAGAAGAAUGAAGAUUGUUAUAGGCAUUGCAAAAGGCCUAAAGUAUCUUCACACAGAAAUUGAACCACCAUUUACUAUAUCCGAGUUAAAUUCUAGUGCAGUAUAUCUCACGGAAGACUUUUCGCCUAAGCUUGUUGAUUUUGAAAGCUGGAAAUCGAUUCUUACAAGAUCAGAAAAUAACUCGCGUUGUAUUAGCAAUGAGGGUGCUAUUUGUGUUCUUCCAAGUUCUUUGGAAGGAAGACAGUUAGAUAUCCAAGGCAACAUUUAUGCUUUUGGUGUUCUUUUGUUGGAAAUAAUCAGUGGGCGCCCACCACUUUGCAAGGAUAAAGGAUGCUUAGUAGAUUGGGCUAAAGAUUAUCUUGAAAGACCAGAAGAAAUGGCUUCUGUUGUUGAUCCUGCUCUGAAACAUUUCAGAGAUGAAGAUUUAAAGGUGAUAUGUGAAGUGGUUUCAAUUUGCAUUCAUUUAAGGCCUCGAGAUCAAGUCUCAAUGCAAGAUUUGUGUGCAAUCUUGGAAAGCAAAAUUGACACUUCGGUUUCUUCAGAGCUCAAGGCAUCUUCUUUAGCUUGGGCUGAGCUGGCACUUUCUUCAUGAUCCAAAUUAUAUAAUAAAAACCUAACAAAAUGUAAAUUAAAGAUGUAUACGUAUGUGAUUAAAGAUUGUUGCUUGAUGAGUUUUAUGUAAAUUUUGGUGUAAUGUAAGAGUAUAGAGUGAGUUUUAUUGCUG